CCCCCCCAGACAUGCCCUCCAGCCAACCCAUCGACAUCCCCGACGCCAAGAAGCGCCCCAAGAAGAAGAAGCGUUGCAGAGCCACCGACAGCUUCUCGGGGCGCUUUGAAGAUGUGUACCAGCUGCAGGAGGAGGUGUUGGGGGAAGGGGCCCACGCCCGAGUGCAGUCCUGUGUCAACCUCAUCACCAACAAGGAGUACGCCGUCAAGAUCAUCGAGAAGCGCCGCGGGCACAUCCGCAGCCGCGUGUUCCGGGAGGUGGAGAUGCUCUACCAGUGCCAGGGCCACAGGAACGUGCUGGAGCUGAUCGAGUUCUUCGAGGAAGAAGAGCGCUUCUACCUGGUGUUCGAGAAGAUGCGGGGCGGCUCCAUCCUGACCCACAUCCACCGGCGGCGCCACUUCAAUGAGCUGGAGGCCAGCGUGGUGGUGCGGGACAUCGCGCGCGCCCUGCACUUCCUGCACAACAAGGGAAUAGCACACAGGGAUCUGAAGCCAGAGAACAUCCUGUGUGAGAGCCCAGACCAGGUGUCCCCGGUGAAGAUCUGUGACUUCGACCUGGGCAGCGGCAUCAAACUGAACGGGGACUGCUCCCCCAUCUCCACCCCAGAGCUGCUCACCCCGUGUGGCUCAGCUGAGUACAUGGCCCCGGAGGUGGUGGAGGCCUUCAGCGAGGAGGCGUCCAUCUACGACAAGCGCUGUGACCUGUGGAGCCUGGGGGUGAUCCUGUACAUCAUGCUCAGUGGGUACCCCCCCUUCGUGGGCCACUGUGGCUCCGACUGCGGCUGGGACCGGGGCGAGGCGUGCCCCACCUGCCAGAACAUGCUAUUUGAGAGCAUCCAGGAGGGCAAAUACGAGUUCCCCGACAAGGACUGGGCGCACAUCUCCUUUGGGGCCAAAGACCUCAUCUCAAAGCUGCUGCUGCGGGAUGCCAAGAAGCGGCUCAGUGCUGCCCAGGUCCUGGAGCAUCCCUGGGUGCAGGGGUGCGCCCCGGAUAACACCCUGCCAACCCCCAUCAUCCUGCAGAGGAACAGCAGUGCCAAAGAACUCACCUCCUUCGCCGCAGAGGCCAUGGCCGUCAACAGGCAGCUGACACAGCGCGACGAGGACGAGGAAGAGGAGGAGGAGGAGCGCCCCAUCAUCAUCAAAGCAGCCUCCAGGGCCGUGCAGCUCUCACCACCCUCCGAGUCCCAGCUGGCGCAGCGGCGGCAGAGGAGCAGCGCGGCCAAAGCAGUGGCUGCGGGGCAGCACCUGGUGGCCCCGCUGGUCCUGGUGGCUGACCAGGCCUGAGCCCCGCGGUGCUCCCCUUCCCCACCCCUUUUCCUCUUCAGUUUUUCCUUUUUUUUUUCUUUUCUUUUUUUUUUUUUUUUUUUCCCCUCUAUCCCCAAAUCUGCCCUUGUUUGCUGGCUGCCAACGAGAUAGGACUGUCCUGUUGGCUGCUCCCCGAGGUUUUGCGGAUCUUUUGAGGCUUUUGGGGCUGGUGGGGUUUAGGGAAGAUCCUACUAUUUUUUUUUUUUUCUAAGAUAUUAAAUCACACGUGGGGUUGCUUCCCCCUCUCCUCUCCCCCCAGCACACCCACAGGCACCAGACAGACACUUGGGCUUUGCUCCCCA